AUGUUUUUAUCAUUGACCGGCCUAUUAAACCUAUCUAUCUAUCUAUCUAUCUAUCUAUCUAUCUAUCUAUCUAUCUAUCUAUCUAUCUAUCUCGGUCAGUUUCUUUCUAUCUAUCUAUCUAUCUAUCUAUCUAUCUAUCUAUCUAUCUAUCUAUCUAUCUAUCUCGGUCAGUUUCUAUCUAUCUAUCUAUCUAUCUAUCUAUCUAUCUAUCUAUCUAUCUACAUGUGUACAUUCUUUCAUUUAAAACUUUUACUGAUUUUUGUUCAUUUAUUUUUCUAUCAUUGUGAAAGUCUCAGUUCUGUAUUUUUCCAUAUUAAUCUUUAUUUUUUUUGUGAUUUACAUCCUUUCUUUCUUUCUUUCUUUCUCUCUUUCUUCUUAUUUUACGUCCAUUAUUCCUUCCUCCUGCAUUCUUUCUUUCUUUCUUUUUUAUUUGUUUAUUUCUUUCUUCUUAUUUUACUUUUCGUUAUUCAUUCCUACUGCUUUCUUUCUUUUUCUUUAUUUUUUCUUAUUUUACGUUCGUUAUCCUUCCUACUGCUUUUUUCUUUCUUUCUUUUUUUUCUUUCUUUCUUUUCUCUUUCUUUCUUUUUUUAUUUCUUUCUUUGA